AUGCAAAGGUGGAUGUUAUGGCUUGUUAUUUUGACGGUGCUUGCAUUUGUCACAGGACAGCAAGUGGUAGAUAAUUUUAAUACCGAACUGGUAGCAGAACAAGAUGAUGCUCUCCUUGUAUUUUCUACGCUUGGAGGGUUACUCGUGGGUGUUGAUCAAAGAUCUGGAAAAAUACGAUGGCAACAAGAUGAUGAACCCGUAGUCAAAGUGCCCAGUAAUUUGUCAGGAACUAAAAUGCCUAUAUUUCUACCGGAUCCCAGAGAUGGUUCACUUUAUCUCUUUGGCAGAGAAUCUGAAGCAUUGAAAAAGCUGCCAUUUACCAUUCCUCAACUAGUUGCCAGUAGUCCAUGCAGAAGUAGUGAUGGCAUAUUGUAUACCGGUAGAAAAAUUGACACGUGGUUUAGUAUUGAUCCAAUGACUGGUGAAAGAGAACAGCUUUUAAGUUUUCAUAAAGUGAAAGAUACAUGUCCUUUGGAAAUGCAGAAUACUAUUUUUGUCGGUCGCACGGAAUAUAAUAUUAUCAUGGUCGAUAGCAAGCACAAAGACAGAAAAUGGAAUGUAACAUUCUAUGAUUAUUCUGCUAUGCAAAUGGGACCUGAUGUGAUAGAGAAUUACGAUUUAGUACAUUUCACCACAAGUUCUACAGGUCGCGUAGUGACCUUGGAUAGUUUAGGUAAGAUUCUUUGGAAAUUGGAUUUGAAAAGUCCGGUGAUAGCCAUGUAUACUGUAACCAAAGAUGGAUUAUUGACAAUUCCUUUCACAAGUAUUGCCGAUUCAUUGUUGGAAAAGUUCGCGACAAAGCCAACUGACGUUCAAUUGUUUCCAACUUUGUACGUUGGACAGCAUCAAUAUGGUCUCUAUGCGUUACCAUCGCUUGUUGACUUGGACACGACAACUAUAUCGAAUAAUGUAGGACACUUAUUGCUGGAAGGGCCAUUGGUGACAUCGCAUCUUCAUAUGGAUAAUAAAGUACCAUUACCAGGGGAUCAUGUUUUAAUUUCUAAUAUUGAUAUAGCCGAUGAUGGUUAUCAAAGUGUUAAACGUACUGAAAAUGUCAUUACGUUAGGUCAUUACAAAGUACCCGCGGAAUACAAACCACAAAAUCAGCUCCUCCAAAUAACUGGACGAUCUGAUCCAAUAAUCUUGGAGACUUCGACGUCGAAUGUUACUGGGACCAAGUUAUCCGUUGCUAUGCAAUCGGAUACGUCUAACGAUACUGUACAAUCGGAAAAUAAGCAGAAUUGGCAGAUAAUUAUAUCAAAAACGUACAGCGCGACCAAAUUUUGGUUCAACCAACAAGAAAACAUAGAAAUGAAACUAAUCAUGAGUGUAAUUAUGUUGAUAAUUAGCACAAUAGCUUGUAUUGUAGUUUGGUUUAUAUAUAAGCAAUGUAAGGAGCAAUUUCAGCAAUUGUCACAGGGUUCACGUGAAAGCAGUCGUACAUAUUCUGGUAAAUCAGGCAAUUCGGUCGUUACGCUGGAAGAGAUCGGUGAUGGCUUAGUUAAAGUGGGAAAAAUUACAUUUGACACGGAACAAGUCCUUGGCAAAGGAUGCGAAGGAACAUUUGUAUACAAAGGUGAAUUUGAUGGUCGUGCUGUAGCUGUGAAGCGAUUAUUACCAGAUUGCUUUACGUUUGCUGAUCGAGAAGUAGCGCUCUUAAGAGAAUCGGACGCUCACGUAAAUGUAGUCAGAUACUUUUGUACUGAACAAGAUCGUAUGUUCAGAUACAUUGCCUUGGAGCUAGCAGAAGCAACUUUACAGGAUUACGUGGCAGGCAGAUACGAUAGGGGAAAGAUAUCUGUAAAAAAUAUUUUGCAUCAAGCCACAUCUGGGUUAGCACAUCUUCAUUUCUUAGAUAUUGUUCAUAGAGACAUUAAACCUCAUAAUGUCUUGCUCUCUGUUCCUGGACCUCGCGGAGAGGUACGCGCCAUGAUAUCAGAUUUUGGAUUGUGUAAAAAGCUCCAGCUCGGUCGCGUAUCAUUUUCACGGAGAUCUGGUAUCACUGGAACUGAUGGCUGGAUUGCGCCAGAGAUGCUAAAUGGAGAAAGGACGACAUGUGCGGUCGACAUUUUCUCGCUUGGUUGCGUUUUUUAUUAUGUUCUUUCCGAUGGCAAGCAUCCUUUCGGUGAUCCAUUACGAAGACAAGCUAAUAUUCUCUGUGACGAGAGCAAUCUAACAGCGCUCCAGGAAAUGUCUCCGAGUGACAGAGAAUUAGCAUUGUUGCUUAUCAAGGCAAUGAUAUGUAGUAAUCCUGCUGACAGACCCCCAGCUUCAGCAAUUUGUAAUUAUCCAAUUUUCUGGAAUUUAGCAGAGAUUCUGGGUUUUUUUCAGGAUAUUAGCGAUCGAGUAGAAAAAGAUCAAUCCGACAGCCCGGCUUUGAUAGCGUUGGAAACUUAUGGUGAGCGCGUAACGGGAAAUGAUUGGAGAAUGUAUAUAGAUUUCGAAGUUGCAACAGAUUUGCGCAAAUAUAGGAGUUAUCGAGGCGAGAGCGUAAGAGACUUACUCAGGGCUCUGCGGAACAAGAAACAUCACUACAGAGAACUGAGCUUGAAAGCUCAAGAAAGUCUCGGUGAGAUUCCUAACAAAUUUACAGAAUAUUGGUUGUCAAGAUUUCCAUGUUUAUUGUGCCACGUGUGGUCCGCGAUGCAGAGUUUUCGAGACGAGUCGAGUUUAAAACAGUACUAUCAUCCACACUAUACUUUUGUGAGUAAUUACGAGGGGCAACAAUCGAUCCAAAUGGAUCGAAUUAAUAACGCGCUAUUGACAUCAACCACGACAGGACAAACCAGCGUUAAUUGGAGCCCUAAUCGAACAAAAUACCGUCAGAAAAGAAGGCCAGAAAAGAAGAAGCAGGAAGUAUCACCAUCAUGGUUAUUGCAUUCACCGAAUUGAAUUAUCUCAAAAUUACUACCAGCUAAGCAAAGAUGAAAAAAAG